UAAUUGCUUGUAGUCUUGAAUCUGAUAUUAAUAAUUCAUUGUUGUUUAAAGUAAUUGCUUGUAAUCUUGAAUCUAAUGUUAAUAAUUUAUCAUUGUUUAAAGUAAUUGCUUAUGACCUUGAAUUAGAUAUUGAUAAUUCAUCAUUGUUUAAAGUAAUUACUUGUGAUUUUGAAUCUGAUGUUAAUAAUUCAUCAUUAUUUAAAAUAAUUGCUUGUGAUCUUGAAUAUGAUGUAAUAAUUCAUCAUUGUUUAAAUCUUGAAUCAGAUGUUGAUAAUUUAUCAUUGUUUAAAGUAAUUACUUGUGGUCUUGAAUCUGAUGUUAAUAAUUUAUUAUUGUUUAAAGUAAUUGCUUGUGGUCUUGAAUCUGAUAUUAAUAAUUCAUCAUUGUUUAAAGUAAUUGCUUAUAUUAAUAAUUCAUCAUUGUUUAAAGUAGUUGUCUGUGGUAUUAAACUUGAUAUUAAUGUUUCAUCAUUGUUUAAAGUAAUAGCUAUCUGCAAUCUUGAGCUUGAUGCAAAUUCACAUUCAUUAUUAUUUAAAUCAUUAUUUGAACUUGAUAAUAGUGGUUGUCUGCGGCAUUAA